AUGACUUUAUUAAUUAGUGCAAUUUGGUUUUUAUUUUUCUGGAGCAAUAUUGGAAUUUUAAGUUUUGACAAUAUUGGCUCUAAAAGUAUACCAUUGGCUGUGAAAAACAAGCUGUGUUUUGUAAACCAUAUUGAUUAUCGGUCUUACAUUAAAAAUGACACCAGUUUAAAAAUGAUCUACUAUGUAACACCGACAUAUCCAAGACCAGAACAGGUGCCUGAGCUUACAAGAUUGGCCCAUACAUUGAUGCAUGUACCACAUGUUCAUUGGAUUAUAGCUGAUGAUCAACCUAUGUGUUCUGAGCUUGUGUUAAGUAUUCUCAGGCGUUCUGGUCUACCCUUCACCCAUCUUUCUAGUCCAAAACCAUUUUUAUAUAAAAGCACCAACUUUCCCCGUGGAGUAUCAAAUCGAAGGGCUGCUCUGGACUGGCUCCAAAAAAAUGUUGGUGAAGGUAUUCUAUACUUCGGUGAUGACGAUAAUACUGUUGACCUUCAGCUUUUCGAAGAAAUAAGAAAUACUAAAAAAGUAUCCAUGUUCCCUGUUGGCCUCAUUGGUGGAUAUGGAGUCUCAUCACCUAUUGUCAAGGAUGGAAAGGUGACUGGCUUCUUCGACUCCUGGCCAGGUUCCAGGACAUUUCCCGUCGAUAUGGCAGGUUUUGCGGUCAACUUGGAGUUUCUCAAGCCGACAGCGACCAUGCCCUACAUAGCAGGCCAUGAAGAGGACAAAUUUCUGAUUAGCCUAGGGUUGAAUAUGGAGGAUAUAGAGCCCCUCGCCGACAACUGCACAAAGAUACUAGUCUGGCAUACGAAGACGGCCAAGUACAAAAAGCCCACUGUCAGAAUUGACCUUAAACAAUUAAGCAACGCACCAAAAUACCGUAACUUCGUCAAUCUCCUUAAAGAGACUUCCAGACUCGGAAUGGCGAACAUGGAAACUAAUAACGGCACUAAGCCUUACAUAACACGGAACCGUAAAAGCUAUGACGCCACUCUUGGUCUCCAA